AUGCAUGACCUUCUGAAUGAUUUAGCUCAACAAAUAGCAGGAGAGUUCACUUUCAAACUUGAGGAUGAAAGCUUACCCUUAAACCCAGAAAGAGUUCGCCAUUUAUCAUGCAUACCAAAUCGUGAUGAAGCCCCCGACAAAUUUGAGGCCUUUUAUGAAGUAUUCAACCGUUUGCGAACCUUCCUACCGCUGAGAUCGUCACCCAAUUCCAGUAGGGUUCCUUUGACUCCUAUAAUCUCUAAUAGCUUAUUUCCAGGAUCUGAUGAUAAAAGGAACUCCGAUGAUAGAAGAAGGAACUUGCUGACAGAGACUGAUGAUAGAAAAAAAACCUUGUUUCCAGAAUCCAGUCGCCUGCGUGUAUUGUCAUUAUCUCCUUAUCAUAUCACUAACCUGCCUGAGUCAAUUGGCAACUUAAAACAUCUACGCUACUUGGACCUUUCCCACACUGAAAUUCGAAGUCUGCAUGAUAGAGUUUGUUCUCUGUAUAAUUUAGAGACAUUGAAGUUGUCAAGUUGUUUCCAACUUACCCAGUUGCCUCAAGACAUGCGGAAUCUUACUAAAUUGGAGCAUCUUGAUAUUAAAGGAUCAAAGGUGAAGGAGAUGCCACCACAAUUCGGUAAUUUGAGAAGUCUCCAGUCGUUGACUACGUUUGUCGUGAGCACAAAUACUAGCGCAUCAAGAAUUAGUGAGUUGAAGAAACUUUCUCUCCUUCGUGGUACUCUUUCCAUUGAGGGCCUGCAAAAUGUUUUUCAAACAGCAGAUGCCUCAGUGGCCAAUUUGGAGGGUAAAAAGUACCUUGAUGAGUUGAUUUUUCAGUGGGCACCUGGUACUCAUCUUGCACAUUAUGAAACUGAGGUGCUUGACAAGUUACGGCCUCAUGAAUAUUUGAAGAAGCUCCGCAUCAGACACUUUGGUGGUUCAAAACUUCCAGACUGGUUAGGGGAUGCCAUUUUCUCCCAAAUGGUGUCCCUGCAUCUUGUUGAUUGUGAAAACUGCUCCUCACUGCCGCCGCUUGGGCAACUACCUUGUCUACAAGAGCUUUACAUCGUACGAAUGAGACGACUACGAUGCGUGGGCUCUGAAUUUUAUGGAAGCAAUCUCAAGCCAUUCAGGUCCCUGGAAAUUUUGCAGUUUGAGACAAUGCCAUAUUGGCAAGAAUGGUUACCUUCCUCUAAUGAAGGCGGAUUUCCUUCCCUCCAAGAGCUCACAGUCUACAACUGUUCCAAACUGGCUGGGAAUCUACCGAACCAUCUUCCGUCCCUGGUAAAGCUUCAUAUAAUUGAAUGUAGGAAACUGAAAUUCUUUCAUCCGAAUGGGAGAAACCAAUACUCUAAGCUUGAGCAUUUGCACAUAAGGAGUAGCUGUUGUGACCUGGAAACUUUUUCCUUGGACUGCUUCACCAGACUUGUAAAGCUUAAACUCCAGGGUUGCAUAUUUCUUAGAUCCAUCGAACUGCAAAGCGAGCAUGAGCAUCUCACAUUUCUUCGAAAGUUGAAAAUUGAAGACUGCCCCAUUCUGGAAAUCUUCUCUGGAAGAGGGUUGCUAUCUCUCCAAAAAUUAAAAAUAUCUGGUUGCUCAAAUCUCUCUAGUUUUGGGGAAGCUGGUCUGCCAACCAAUCUUCAGUCAUUUUGUUUUGAGCAAUGCCGGAGGCUCCCACCACGGGAUGCUUGGGGACUGCAAAAUAUGGCCUCACUCAUAUUUUUUGAGUUUGAUGGUGUUAAGUACCACGAAGAGUAA